AUGGCAAAUUGGCCUAAUUAUAGUAAAAACCAUAAUUUAGAUAAAAACUAUGCAACUAAUUACAAAUUAAUAUGUGAACAACUGAGUAGUGUAGCAGGAGCUAAUAAACUUGAUAAAGAACUUUGUCCCACUUUUUUUGGUUUUUUGGAAAAUAUUAAUCGUAGGGGUGAAGAUUUAUUUAAAAAUCAUGACAUAUGGUCUGAUUUUAUCGAGUGGUCAUAUAAAAAGCAGACAGACCUGAACGUAUUUACAAAUUGGAAUUUGGAAAAAUUUGUUAGCUCAAUUGAAUAUUUAAUUAAUAAAAAUGUUACACCAAUCCUUGGAAAUGCAGAAGUUUUAAAUAAGAGCAAUGAGAGAUUAAGAAACGUAAUGAAAUUGCAUUAUUUAUUGGAAAAUAUUGGAGAUAUUAAAACCCUAAUUGAUGCUAAUCAUGAUGAUAAGUAUCCAUCAUAUUGCCAUUUCAUUAACGAUUGUCUUGAUAUAUAUAAAGUUUACAGCUCGGAAGUUUGUUCUGCUCACUGGCCAGCAGAAACUAGACCCAAUAACAUAUGUAAUUUAUUCAAAGAAUUUGAAGAUAAAUAUGCGAGUGUGUUGUACCCUGCUAUUGAAUAUAGGAAGAUUCUUAUCGAAAAAUAUGGAGAGGGUAUCUUUGGACAUAGGCUCCAGUGCAAGGUGCAUCAAAGGGAGUAUGGUAGUCGCCCUAUUGAAAGUUUUUUCGCGAAACCCAAGCCAGGAGUUAUAUCAUCAUUUAACAAUUAUUUGACGAUUUCCUUUUCUGUGUUGGGAUCGCUUAUGUUUUUCUUCAUUUUGUAUAAGUUAACUCCUAUUAAAUCACUGUUCGGUUCCGAGAAGGAAGAAAGGAGAAGAAGGUGGAGAAACUCGCUAGCUGACCACAGAGGACCAUACGGAGCUAACUACAGAGAGCAAUUCGGCAGCGAAUUUGGAACUGAUUUUGGAAGUGAAAGCAUAAGUGAUUUCACAACUGAAAGUGGAACUGAUUAUGGAAGUGAGAGCGUAAGUGAUUUCAGAACCGAAAGUGGAACUGAUUACGGAAGUGAAAGCGUAAGUGAUUUUAGAACUGAAAGCGGAACAUUAUAUGGAGGACGACAGGGGUCUUCCUAUGGCGGCGAUUCCGAGGAUGAUAGGUCCUCACGCAUGUCUUAG